AUGGCAUCAACACCAAAUAGACCUGCAUAUUUAAAACAAUCUUCAAAACUGUUGUUUGAAGAUUUAAAAAAAAAUAGAGAAGAUAUCGAUGAAUUGGGUGAUUUAGAUAUUACAACAAUUUUAGGUUGUGACUUUGAUGAUGAUUCAAUCUCAGCAGCGGAUCAAGAGUUAAUUAAAGAUGCAUUGGUAAAAGGAUAUGAUUUAAGACAAUACUCAAAAGAAGUAGAAGAUAAUUUAAACCAAACAGAUAAGCUUACUAUUAAUGAUUAUUUUCAAGAAAGAGAAAACUUUUUAACUUUAUACACACAAAUUCAAGUUGUAGAUGGUGUUUUAGAAACUUUAGAAGUAAUGUUAAAUAAUUACUAUAAUGAUUUAAAGAGUAUUGGUUCAGAAAUGAACUCACUUCAAGAAAGAUCAAUGUCAAUGAAUCAUAAACUAAACAAUAGAAAACAAUUAGACGAAAAAUUAUCAAAAUUUAUAGAUGCAAUUACAAUUGACCCAGAAUUUUUCAAUGAUUUAACAAAUUCUAGAACUGAAAUAAAUGAACAAUACAUUCAAAACUUAAUGAAAUUAGACACAAAAAUUACAUUAUUCGACGAUUAUAAAUUAAUUUCACCAACUAUUUGUGCAAAUAAUGAACCACAACUAAGUAAAUUAACAGUAGCAUCAAUUCAAAAGAUUCAAAAAUUCUUAUCAGUUACAUUAAAUUCAAACUUUAAAAAACUUCUAGAAAAAAGACAAAAACAAAAACAACUUGCAAAAAUGGGUUAUUUAUUUCAAUUUCUUUUCAAAUACUCACAAUACAUUGCAAAUGAAGUUAUUAUGUCCUAUGUAGAGAACAAUGAAAAAUAUUUUACAUCUUUUUAUAAAUCAUACAUCAAUGCAUUAUUAAAACUUUUAGAUGACACCUCCUCACCAAGCAAAAGCGAUUUAAUUGGUGUUGGAACAAGUAAGCUAAAAAACUUCUUCUCAUCAUCAAACACCACACCAAAUAAAAACACUGCCCAACAACAAUCUCAACACAAACAACUACAUACAACACUUUCAUUAGGUAAUAGAGCUGAACUAUUAUCAAGUGAAGUUUUAGAACUACCACCAAUAGAACCACCAUCCUCAAUUUCGUUUUUAGAAGCUUUAGAACUAUCAACCUCAAGUGCUCCACAAAUUCCAUCUGUUAAAUAUUCAUUUGACCAACUAUAUAGAUCAAUGCUUUACUUUUUAAUGGAUAUCCUUAGCUCUGAAACCCUAUUUGUUAAAGAUUUCUUUUUGGGUGGCGAAGAUAUUAUCGUUACUAUUUUCAACCGUUCUGCUGCCUAUUUAAUCGAGACUGUAGAAAACCAUUUAAACAAUAGCUAUGAUGUAGUCGGUAUUUUACUUAUGCUUUCUACAACUUUCCGUUACAGGGCAAUUAUGAAUGAACAACGUGGUAUUGCUGCCCUUAAUCAACCAAUUGACAAAUUAUUAAAUUUAAUCAACAGUAGAUUUGUAAAGCUUUUCGUUACUUUAUCGGAUUCGAUCAAAAAUACCACAAUCAAAGAUUUAAAAGCUGGCCUAUCGUCAACACAACCACAUGUCUUUAUUAGAAAAUAUGCAGACUUUAUAGCAACUCUUCAAUUAAUUUCUUCAAGCAUACCAAUUGAAAAUCAAAAUACAAUUAUUAAAGCAAUUAAUGAACUUAAAGAUGGCACAGAGAAACUCUUAAGCAAAUUAGUACAAGAGAUUGAAUCAAAAGAUGAUCAAGUUGUAUUUUUAGUCAAUAACUAUGGUAUUGUGGUUCAAACCAUUUUAGAAUCUUCAAACUAUUUAUCUGGUGGUGCCUCAUCUCCAAGCAAUAAUACCGCUAGUGCAAAUGAUAUAUCAAAUAAUAAUAAUAUUAAACCUUUCUAUCAAAACCUCCAAAAAGUUGCCAAGAAAUACAUUGAUAUUCAAUUAAACAGUUUGAAAUAUUUAACUCAAUUUAUUUCUUUCUCUUGGGAAUGGGGUCCACUUGUCGAAUCAAAUGUUAAAAUUAGUCUCACUGAAAACCCAUCUUUCAAUCAAGCCAAUGCCCAAAAGAUUCUUGCUUCAUUCGAACACAACUGGAGAUCUGCUGUUGCUGCUAUACGUAACUCCUCAAUUAACACCCAUCUUUCUCAAUGUAGUUUUGCUCAAAAUCAAGUUUUCGAUUUAGUUUUAACGGAACUCUAUAGCUGCUAUCGUAUGUUGGUCAUAAUAAUAGAUAAAUACUUUGAAAAACUUAAGGAUGAUUCAAACUUUAAGGGUGAUAAAGUAGUGGACGAAAUGAAAGAAAUGAACUCAAAUUUAAAUUUAAAGUAUAUCCAUGAAGAAUAA